UUGGCGCUAGCUGAGGCGGGGACGAACUGAAAACAUGACCUUGAAAACGCAGACAUUCUGACUGAUACACUAGUAUAAACCAUGGUCGUUAUUACCGAAUAUGACUCGGAAAAGUCACGCAUUGAGGGCACAAUACUUGCUGCUAUAAACACACCGCUCGAACCAGCUGUCGCAGCUAGGAAUGCGCUUGGCGGGGCUUUCCCAGCGGCAGGCUUUGAAGACAAAGAGGAUGGCACACUCAGCGUUCAGGGACUUGAUGCUGCCCAGCGCCAAAGCCUGGAGGAUGCGCUCUUUGAGCUCAACCUGUCUCUUGCCAGCCAAGCUGUCACGAAAGGGCUUCCGCUGAUGCAGUAUCUGCAUCCAGACGCGACACAUGACGGUAUUACAACGGUGCCCAGAGCCAGCUUCGUAAACCCACCUUUCCAUUUCCACGUGGUGAUUUCCCGCUUUUUUACCUUUGGUGAUAGGUUCCUGCAGGUAUGUCUGGAGCUCGCGCGGCCGCUGCUGACGGAGCCGAUCAAGGACGCAGAGAAGGCGGGUGGGCGAAGGCGGCUACUCGAUUACGAGGGCUGGGCUCGGCUGUUCGAGGGCCUCAUGGAGGUUGGAACCAUCGCCGACUGCGCCGAUCUGUUUCGUCUGAUGGAGGGUGGCGGCGGCGCCAUGGCCACUGCCGCCAAGCGUGGCGACAACGGCGUCGAGCGCCCCGAGUCGGGUUCGAACCUGGAACUUGGCUGGUCGGCGGUGUUUUGCUCGGAGGAUUUUCGGCGAGAGCAGGGCGCCAAGCUGGCGCUGCUACGCAUGAGCAAUAUGCUGUUCCGGCGCCUGUCAAAGGCGUACGACGUACGGCUCUGCGGCCGGCUUCUCAUCUUCAUCUCCCGGUGCUACGAACUGAACGACAAGAGCGGUCUGAACGUGGCGGGCGCCCUCAACACGGGCCUCUCCCUGCCGGUGGACGAGGUGGAGCCCGGGGCGGUGGACAGCAUCGGCGAGCAGAUCGACCGGCGGCUAUACGCGUGCUUCUGGGGGCUGCAAGCCAUAUUUCAGGUCCUCCAACCUGUAGUGUACGGCAAGGUCAUGGCGGACAUGUCGUUGGUGCUAGACGAGUUUGCCGCCAUCAAAACCCCAGUGGCGGCGACAGGCCCAUGGGUCGCGGCACGCCACAGCCAUCAUAACGGUCAGCAUCGGGGUGCUGGCGAUGGGACCGAUGCGAUGGAGGUGGAGGAAGGAGGAGGACCUGCCACAGGCGGAGAUGAAGGUGGCGGCGGCGUGGGUACACGAUACCUGACCAGCAGCAAGCUAUUUGGGCUACAAGUUCGUGACUGCACCUUCAGGCGGCACUUCCUACUGCAGUGCCUGGCGCUGUUGCAGUACAUCGAGCAGCCCAGCAAGGCGGACAAGUCUGCCAUUGGACAGCGACCCGAGGGCUUGGAGGCCAUGAGGACGAAGGCGAGUGAACGGACAUGCGGAAAAUUGAGUAUGAGGACAUUAGGUUGGAGGCGAUGCCAACAUCACAGCGUGCUGAAACAUGAAGCCCACUGGGUGGCUUGGAAGCACGGGACGCAGCCGCCGGCGUCUCAAGGGCCCGCGGCGGCGGCGGCAGCGUCGCCAUCAGCCCCGCCAGCGGCGGCGGCGACCGUCGCCGCCGUUAGUGCUGCGGCGACGGAGCUGUGCCGGGACUUCACUCGGCCAUCGGCGCCGCCAACCCGGGAAAUCACCUCCACCUCCCACAGGGACACGGCUAGCGGGGCACAAGCGCCCAAGCGGAAGCGCGGUACGAGUGGCGGCCGUGCUGGAGGCGGCGCCGCAGCGGCCACCGGCGGUGGCCGCUUUGCAGUAUCCCGUGGCGUGAUGGGCCUUGCAGAUCCGUUGGCGGGGUUGAAGGUUUCGGAGCGCCGUACACGGGCGAGGAACCUAGUGGGCGAGGAGGAGAUUGUGCCCAUGCUGCCGACACCUCCGGAGCUGCUGAGCCCUAUCCUUGAAGAUCUGGAUCCAGACAACGACGUGGAGUCUCAGUAUCGCCGAGUACGGGAGGCUGUGUUCGCAUGGAAGCGGAUGCGGACUUUGGCCAGGAACUAUCUUGAGUUUUUCAAGAAGGGCGACGACCUGGAGGAGUCCGUGUUGGAGAUGAACCCCGACCUCAAGACCAAGAUAGCGGCACGGAAGGCCGAGCGUGAGGCGGAGCUGGCGGCCGCGGCCGCGGCAGAGGCCACGGAGGCUGGGGAGGUGCUGCCGGAUGCCGCAACCGAUGGAGCCGCCAACGAUCCUAACAAGCCCGAAGAGGGAGAGGCGUUGGCUAGCCCGCCGACCAAGUAG